GUUUACUUAUAAAUACAAUAUAAAUGAUACAUCAUAAUUUUUGGGGCUGUACAGUAAUGCAAAUUAGAUUGUAUUUUUUGUGGUUAAUUGUCAUGAAAAAAUAUGUUACAAUGCAAAAUUCUACACGGUCCUAAAAAUUGGCUUCAUUUUCUGUUUUUCUUCUGAUUUUGGGGCGAAAUAUGAGCCAGACAAAUUCUUGACAGGUUUAACUAUAAACAGGUGAAGUUGGGAGAGAGAGAUCGAGUGAGACUCUGUGUGUGAAUCUGUAACAGGAGUGCCUUUGUGACGUGUGUGUGUAGAGGGGGUUGGCCUAGUGACAACCUCAGGUGUGUUUGCACGGCUCAAUAACAGAGUGUUAGAUUUGAGUGGGGGUAGACAAAUAGAUUGAGAUGCUUGCUGUAUAAAAUUUACACCCCUUAGAAAGCAGAGCAAAACUAUAGGAUCAAAUUGAGCAGAUGAAAAGGCCUGAAGGAGAUGGUGUUUUCCAGCAAACUCUAAGGAUUUCCAGGAAGUUAGCAGAUCUCUGCCUGUCUGGACUCGUUGAAUUGAAGGGGGAGCCAACCCCAAUGAAGACCACCUGGUAUUGUCCACUAGACCUGUCCUCUAUGUCCGAACUGGAGGAAGACGGUAUCAUCUACACUGUCUUGGUGAAACAUGGCCCUCCCACAUGCCCGCAGUCCACAGCAAACCGCUCCCAGAACGUCAAAGCAGGGACGGAGGAAAAGCUCGUCCUGCAUCUUCUUCACUCCUUCUCCAUGGGUGACUCCUCCUUCAUUACCAUCUUCCUCUCCACCUAUCGCACCUUUACUUCCACCCAGAGAGUGCUGGACAUCCUGAUUGACAGAUUGGAAAAUCCUCCUGGAGAGAGUAAAAGUAACACUCGUCAGACGUUCAACAAGUCGGUGUGUACAGUGUUCAGCAUGUGGUUGAGUGACUACCCCGAGGAUUUCUGCUCUCUGAGCGAUCCACCUUGCCUGUUGCGGUUGGCCCGGCUCCUUCCAACAGACACCCCAGGAGCUGAAAUCAAAGGCCGCUUGCUGAGGAUAGCUGAGGAGCUGAGUGAGAGAACGCUGCUGUCUGGCUCUCUUUCAGAUCCUAUCAAAGAUGUGACCUCCCCUCCUGAUCCCUCUGAGUUUGAUUCCACCAGCAUCCUCGGAUUUCCAUCAAGUGUGAUCGCAGAACAGCUCACCAGGAUUGAGACAGAGCUGUUUCUGAAGUUGGUGCCCCACCACUGUCUGGGCUCUCUUUGGUCUCAAAGAGAUAAGAAGGGAAAGGAAGGAGCAUGCUGGUCGGUCAGAGCCACUAUUAAGCAGUUCAAUCGUUUAGCUAACGCCGUCACAGCCUCGUGUGUGUGGAACACGGGUCUAAAGAGCCAACAGAGGGCACGACUGCUGGAGAAAUGGAUCAGUGUUGCAGAGGCCUGCAGAACAAGGAAGAACUUCUCUUCACUGUAUGCGAUUCUAUCAGCUCUGCAGAGUAACCCCAUCCACAGACUCAGAAAGACCUGGCAGGAUACAGACAGAGAAGCUUUACGGAGGUAUGAAGAACUUUCUGAUAUCUUUUCUGAGAAAGACAACUACUCCCAGAGCCGCGAGCUACUCAAGGAGGAGGGGACUUCCAAAUUUGCAAACCAUGACACUAAAAAUAAUAACAGAAGAUUCACUGGGUCCUGUGCUCAAGGCACUGUGCCAUACCUGGGCAUCUUCCUCAGAGAUCUCACAAUGCUGGACACUGCAGUCAAAGACAGACUUGAGAAUGACUACAUUAACUUUGAUAAAAGACGACGGGAGUUUGAGGUUAUUGCUCAAAUUCGGCUCCUUCAGUCCUCGUGUAAAAACAGCAUUUUCAGGACGGACGGGACGUUUGUUCAGUGGUAUCACAGCGUACCCACUCUGCGUGAAGAGGAAAGUUACAAGCUGUCCAAUCAAAUUGAAGCAAUGGGUGAGCCGAGUCCUGGGCGUGGCCUGAACCCCACAGUGAUCGUCACACAGUGUCCAGACGCUCUCUCUGCAGUGGCACACACGGCAAUAGAUGCUGAUAGUAUAUUUGACUUCCCUUCUCCUGUCAAUCACCUGCUCUCAAAGCUUUGCAAGCAUGUGAAAUCCCCCUCCGUUUCAUGUCUGGAUGUUGAUUCGUCGCCACCACCAACCAAUGAUGGCACACCCUCUGUACUAACCACGCCCACUACACCUGUCAAAUCACAUCGCCGGUCUAUCUCCUGUGGCAACAACCCCACCAAUAACAAACCAGAGGCGGGACCUGAUAUUAGAAUCAUCAGGAUACGGAUGGAUUUACAAGAUGGCAACUUAUAUCGAAGCAUUCUGGUGACUAGUAAUGAUAAAACACCUACUGUUAUCAGUUCUGCAUUAGAGAAGCACAACCAGAAUGCAAAAGAAGCCUCCAAAUAUGAGCUGAUACAACUGCUGCCGGAUGGGAAAGAGUUAAUAAUACCACCCACAGGAAACGUCUUUUACGCCAUGUCAUCAGCUAGUGUGGACUUCCUAUUAAAAAGGCGAGGAGGAAACACACCAACGGGGUCGCCGUCUCUUGGCAAUGAAACCAGCGCAACCUUUCCACGAAUCAAAGCCAAGGGCCGAAGAUUAGUGCGGACACUUUUUUAACAAGAAAACAGAAUAUUCAAGUCCAAGUACUUUCAAAAGAAAAGACACAAUAUAUUUUAUUUGGAGCACUGUGAUAAGAUUAAAUAAGAUAUUCUAUUAAAUAAGAUAGUUCACCUCAAAAUGAAAAUUGUCAGUUUACUCACCAUGUAUAUUUUACUUGCUUCAUAAAAGGAGAUCCCAAGCCCAUUUGACUUGCUUGCUUCAUAAAAGGAGAUCAGUGACCAUUCAGUGGCCUCAGUCACCAUUCACUUACAUUGCACAUUUUUCCAUACAGUGAAAAAGAAUGAUGAAUAAGGCCUUUGAGCUCCACUGAAGAAAGUCAUAUGGGUUUGGAAUAACAGGAGGGUGAGUAAAUAACAUUUUCAUAUUUGGAUGAACUAUCCCUUUAAAGUAUUUUUCUGUUAGUCCUAAUAUUGGUGGAUUUUGAGUGAAAGCUUAGUUGAAAUGGCUCUAAGAUGUUAGCUAAAUGUUGCACUAUUUUUGCAUUUCAGUGAAUUUAAAUGACAGUCAAGUACCCUUCGCUGAUGCCAGCAUUUCCUGGACUCCCCUGUCUACCUCUACAGCUAUUAGUCCAUUGGUUACAGCAUUUUAGUUUAUAAACUGCAUUAUUAAUGAACACAAAACUAAUAUAGAGCAGGUAAAAUCCAAACAUAAUAAACACUCAAAGAAGGUACUUACACCUGUAUAAACAUUUCAAACACUGAGCUCUUCUCUAUGGGCUACCAAAAUGUAAAAUUUACUGAAAACUGCCCAACUACCUAAAAAUGAGCUACAAAAAAAUAUAUAAAACACUGCCACUGUCUAAUAUCUUAAAGUAUGCAAACUGGUAGUGUGCACACUCAUUGUAUAUUUGAACAGAAUGAAUGAAGUGGUAAAAUGUAAUCUUUCAAAACCUUGUGAGCUGCUUUGCUGUCUACUGCCUUCAUUGGCAGCUGCCUUCUAAAUGGCCGUUAAGACCGAACACACUCUUGAGCUAAAAAAGCUAGAUGCAGUGCAACAUUAUAGAACAAAACGGCAAGAACACAGAGAAUAGUAAGAAUAGUGAGAUGCGGCGCAGUAGUCAGAAGAUGUUUGUCUAGUUUACAUAGAAAAACAGCGCAGAUGGGUACAAAACUAUGUUCGGUUGAACGACCCUAAAGAUUUCAUUCUACCUGAAAUGGAACCUCACGACUGAUUUGGAACACUCUACAUUACACUCUAAUAAGCAUAAAACUUUAUAGAGCAUAUAAAUAUAGGGUAAAAUGGUCCAUUUUUAAUUAGAUGGGUUAAUUUUUAUAGUUUGACAUUAGCAUUUUGCAAAGCUCACGAUGUGAUAUUCUAAUAAGCAUUAAAAUCCAUAGUGCAUCUAAAUAUUGCUUAAAAAUGCAAUUUUGUAAUUAGAUUGGCCCGUUUUAAUAGAGUUUGACUUUAGCAUGCUGCUAAGCUCAUGAUGUGAUACUCUUAUCAGCAUAUAUAAAUAUUAGGUAAAAUGGUCAAAUAUUUAAUUAGAUUGGUCAAUUUUAAUAGAGUUUGACAUUGGCAUGUUGCUAAGCUCAUGAUACGAUACUCUAAUCAGCAUAAACAUCCAUAAUAUUUAUAUGCGGGAUAAUGUGCUAAGUAAAAUGGUCCAUUUUUAAUUAAAUUGGUCCAUUUUAAUAGUUUGAUGUUAGCAUUUUGCUAAGCUCAUGAUGUGAUAUUCUAAUAGGCAUUAAAAUCCAUAGCGCAUCUAAAUAUUGCUUAAAAUUGCAAGUUAUUUUAAUUAGAUUGGCCCAUUUUAAUAGAGUUUGACCUUAGCAUGUUGCUAAGCUCAUGAUACAAUACUCUAAUCAGCAUAAAAAUCCAUAGCACAUUAUCCCGCGUAUAAAUGUUAGGUAAAAUGGUCCAUUUUUAAUAGUUUGACAUUAGCAUUUUGCUAAGCUAACGAUGUUAUACUCUACUAAGCAUUAAAAUACAUAGCGCAUAUAAAUAUUGCACAAAAUGGUACAUUUUUAAUCAGAUUGGUCCAUUUUAAUAGAGUCUGAAGUUAGCAUAUUGCUAAGCUACAUUACGAUACCAGUGACAAUUUAGCCCAAGACGGAGCACUUGUAUUAAAAUGAAUGGAAUAAAUUGUAAUUACCAACAUGGCAGAUAUAGAAAUUGAUGUCCCGACUCACAGGUCAAAGAGCCAAUCACCUUUUGGAUAGACAUCAUGUCAAUCAACUCGAGAACGUGCAUGCGCAUUAGAUGCACCAGCCGGCAAAACAGUUUUUUAGCGUGAUCUGAGGUAAAGAAGCACAAUUUAUGAUAUAACUGUUGUUAGACUUUACUGCUUAUUUGAAAUAUGUUAUUUGGUUGUAAUUUUUGACCAACUCUUUAGGAGGUUUCAGUCUUUCCCCAUUCUAGAAGAUAGGAGCUGUACUUUUACAGCCUCCAUCCAUAGAAAAUAGCUGCCCGGGAGCGUUACCAAGACGUUACUGUCAAGUGGACUGACUUACAUUAAAAAGCACUUUGACAAUACUCUAAUAACCAUAAAAUCCAAAGAGUAUAUAAAUAUCGGGUAAAAUGUUCCAAUAAAAUGUUUUUUUAUUAGAUUGGUCCAUUUUAAUAAUUUUACGUUGCAUGUUGCUAAGCUAUGUAGGCAGCUCACUAGGUUUUGGUACACAGCCAGAGCCAUUAUCGUGUUGGAUUUACUGCAGGUCACCAGGCCUGGCUGUUUUCCUAAACCAAAAUGAAUGACUUAUUUAAAAAAAAAAAAAAAAGCUGUUCUUGUGAUAUUGUUUUUGUACCUUUAAAAUGCCAGGAUGCAAUGAUCAACCAGAAAAAAAAAAAUUUGCAGUGUUACGCUGUUGUUUCGACCCUGAUGAACCUUGCGCUCUUGUACUCCUAUGCUGUUGACGUCUCUAUGGGAACUGAGGUACACAAGUGUUCACAGCAAGGAAGAGGGGUUUUCUCAAUUUCAUUUCAGUCUUCGUUUGUGGUGACUUUGUAAAGUGCCUUAUUAUCGGGUGCUCUUUUGGGAACGCUGUUGUGCUGGUGUGUUGCGCAGAUAAGCAUGUUGUGGCUUUAGUCCUGUACCGUCAGAUCGGUGUUCUGACAGGUUUAUGCACUACAUACCUCAUAUUCUUGCAAUAAACUUUAAUUUUGAUACAA